GAGCUGGCACUGAAGUCUUUGGGAAGUGAGGGGCUCUUUCUCUUUUCUUCUCUGGACACAAACAACGAUCUGUACCUCAGUCCAGAAGAGUUCAAGCCGAUAGCUGAGAAGCUGACGGGGGUUGCUCCCAUCUCAGAAUUUGAAGAGGAGGAGACGCCUGAUCCAAGUGGGGAGACGUUGUCCGUUGUGGCUAAAUUCCAGCCUUUGGUCAUGGAAACGAUGACAAAGAGCAAAGAUGGUUUCUUGGGAAUUUCUCAUGUUGCUCUGUCUGGGCUGAGGAAUUGGACUGCCCCAGCAGUCCCUAUGAGCAUGAUGCUUGCCAGGCAGUUUAAAGCCUUUCUUCCUCCAAAGAAUAAACUGGAUCUUGGGGAUCCGUGGUGGAUAAUUCCUAGUGAAUUGAACAUCUUCACUGGGUAUCUUUCCAACAACAGAUUUUACCCUCCGCCUCCCAAGGGCAAAGAGAUCAUAAUCCACAAGCUUUUGAGCGUGUUCCACCCACGCCCCUUCGUAAAAACCCGCUUUGCUCCCCAAGGAGCUGUGGCCUGCAUCCAAGCCGUCAGCACCUUCUACUACACUAUAGCGUUCAGGAUCCACGCUGAGUUCCAGCUGAACGAGCCACCAGACUUCCCAUUCUGGUUUUCCCCAGGCCAGUUCACAGGUCACAUCAUCCUCUCCAAGGAUUCUUCCCAUGUCCGAGAGUUUAAGCUCUUUGUCCCUAACAACAGGUCCCUGAACGUUGAUAUGGAGUGGCUGUAUGGGGCGAGUGAAAGCAGCAACAUGGAAGUAGAUAUCGGUUACCUGCCUCAGAUGGAGCUGGAGUCGGCAGGGCCUUCAGUCCCCUCUGUGAUCCAUGACGAGAACGGAAAUGUGAUUGACAGCAGGGAUCCCUCAGGGGAGCCCAUUCAGUUCGUGUUCGAAGAGAUAACCUGGCAGCAGGAAAUCCCUUGGGAAGAGGCAGCCCAGAAGCUGGAAGUGGCCAUGUAUCCAUUUAAGAAGGUCUCCUAUCUUCCCUUCACACAAGCUUUUGAGAGAGCGAAAGCAGAAAAGAAGCUGGUGCACUCGAUCCUGCUGUGGGGUGCCCUGGAUGACCAGUCCUGCUGAGGUUCAGGGCGAACUCUCCGGGAGACCGUCCUGGAAAGUUCGCCCAUCCUCACCCUGCUGCACGCGAUUUUUUUUGUGAAGGAGCUGGAAGAGCUGCAGACCAACAGAGAGAAUGAGUUCUACAGCAAGCUGGCUGACCUGCACCUGGAGAAAUACAAUUUCCCCGUGGAGAUGAUCAUCUGCCUCCCCAACGGCACGGUGAUUCACCAUAUCAAUGCCAACUACUUCCUGGACAUUACUUCCAUGAAGCCUGAAGAUGUUGAAAGUAGCAUCUUUAGUUUCUCCACCAAUUUCGAAGACCCUUCAACUGCAACUUACCUCCAGUUCCUGAAGGAGGGACUGCAAAGAGCAAAACCAUACCUGCAGACCUAA